UAGACCAUAGAAUAAAUAAUCCAAUAAGGCUAAGCGCGCCUUCACUCACGUGUUUAACGAGGGCCAUCUUUUUUCCCCAUAGAUCUAGGCUUGUGUGUUUGAGAGGUGAAGGGACUAAAUUUUACAUGCACUCUUUUGGCCCAACAGAGGGGGUAAACUCAAAACUUUUAUAGUUUAAAUUGUAUUUAAUUCAAAAUGAAAAUUAGACCAAGUGUUAUAAUUAUAUGACAUUUUAUGUAUUUAUCUAGAGUCUACUAGAUCUACAAAUCAAUAAACAAUAUCUAGAUCUGUUUAAAAAAAAAUCAUCUCAAGUUGACUGUAAUAUUUAAACGUUUACAAACAAAUAAAAUAAAUGAAUAUCUUCAGUAAUGAAUAUUCGAUUGUUCACAGCAGCUGCAUUCAGCCACGUCCACGUGCACAUUAAUUGGCACAGGGUCCCGCAUACGCGUACUACCUUUCAUCGCGCGUGCAUUAUAUUCUAAAAGUCAUACGCGCUACCCUGUUUCAUUUGAUACCCCCAUCAACAUUUAGAGUAGUGGAACCACUCUGGCGGGUAACGCAGGGUACAGCAAAGUUGAGGAAAAUAAUUUAAACCCAGCAACUCACUGUAUGCAAGUACCACCCAUUCAGUAACACACUACCAUUCAAUCUACUGGUACACAAUAAUCUGAUAACAAAAACAAACAAAAAAAGCAAGCACGAGAGCACGGACCAUUUUGCGGCGGGUUCGUGUGCGCUCGCUAUUUUUACGUGCUUUCCCUAUGGCACAUGGCGUGUAUGCAUGGCUUGCAAGCUGUAUAGAGGCGAUGAGCAGAAUCUCGCGGGCACACGCAUAUCGCAUAGACAUAUUGUACAUGUUGCCGCAAACUCGGGGGGGGGGACCCUCACAAACUGGUGCACUGUAGUACAAUUAAGAAACUGACUUUAUUAACCAAAAUUCAUGAAAAUAUUUUUUUCUUAUCAAAAUAUAAAACGUUAUUUAAGCUUACUUUUAUUAAAUUCAGUUGUUUAAAAUAAUAAACAUAAAUUGGCAUUUAUCCUUAACCUGUCGCAAAACUAGUUCCACUGCUCUACCUAGCUCAUUUUGCGUUUUUCAUCACGUUUACGCGCGCAUUAUCUGCCUAUUAUUAUUAGUCUAUGAUCUAGACUCUAGACUAGGGCAUGUACAUGUACAUCUAAGACUAAGUUAUAGCGCGCUGUUACUAACAAAUCGCGCGAUCGUUCAGAUUCCCUAUCUAAUGUAACUUAGAAGUUAGACUUUUGGUCUUGGAAGUUAGAGUCUAACUUGCAUUUAACUUAAAUUUAACGUUAGAUCUAAAAUUAAAAGUUAGAUCUAAUUUAGUCCUUAAGUUUUAAGAGUCUACUCUACUCUUAGAGAGUCACUCUUGACUAGUACUAGUAGUAGUAGAGUAGACCUCUACUCUAGUCUAUAGACCACUAGGUCCUAGUCACAUGUAUAUCUCCUGUAACAGUAAACAAGUUGACUAAAAAGUUUACUUAAAAUUCUCCUUUUCUGCAUGUGCUAUAAAAAAUCCAAACAAAUAUCUGCAUGAAUAUAUCAAUAUCACAUUAGAAUAUUUGGUAUUUCGGUAGUGUAAACUUUUAUUCAAGAUCACAACUAAAAAAUAAUAAAAUAUUUUAGCAAACAAUUUGGUUCAGUUGCACUGCCUGAUCCCAUAAACAAUACAUGUGUAGAUCUAUGGGGUGCCAAAAAAAAGAAGAAAAAAGGUCAAAUACACAGAACGUGCCGUAUGGGGUCCAUAUGGAGUAUGGAUCGACCUCUUACUGUGUAGGCGUGCAUGGUCUAGACCUAAUCAGUAAUCUUAACCACCCAGGCCGCGAAAUUAUUUUCCCCACCGCAGUUGUGGACCCCACCUGUGCAGGCAUGGGGCUAGUACGAACUCAUUUGCAUACGGCCAAUCAGAGCUACAUGUACAUGACAUGAAUAUGCAUGACUUGCGUCUUUGGAAUAAGAGUACGCAUGUGCGUGGACUUGUUAUGUUUAUUGUGGUGAGGAAAAGAGGAAAGAAUACAAGCAAAGUCAAGAUCUAACGGUAGAUGUAAUAUAACAGACUACCUUAGCCUAUAUUUACAAUGUAAAAUGGUCAAUAUAUAUGAUUAUUUACAAUGCAGUGUGUAGAAAAUAGGGUGAAAACUUUUAGGCUGCACAUUAAAUUUAACUUUUUGUGUAUACUGCAUGUACAUUAAUUACAUUAUUUUAGUGUAAGUUAAGGGCAUGCAAAUGUAUUUACCAAACAAUUUCACCUAAAUCCCUAUAAAAGACAUUUGGAAUAGAUGAAGAAAAAAAGUCCACUUUUCUGGUGGUGCGUCUGCUACGAAUGCAAGCAAUGCGCAUUACAUAUACCUGCAAUGCGAAUUACACAGAAUACCUGCAAUGCGCAUUACACAGAAUACCUGCAGACAGCACAGCACUUAAAGGCAUCUAGCGGAUUGUACCGUCCUGCAACUCUAUACAAAUAUAUACACAAUACAAAUUGUGUCACGCAGCGCAUUGUAAUGGUCGUAUGUGUGCCUUUAAUAGCCUGAUGAUAUUUUUUUUUUAAAUGUCACAUUUUAUAUGGAAUUGAAUAUCUAGACUACCCAUUUAAUUUAAAAUGAGAUCUUGAGUAGAUCUCUAGAUCUACCGUGUAUAUAUAGAUCUAGUCUUAAAGAUAAAAUAAACAAUAUUGUCCUUUCAUAUCUCUAUCGUGCAGAUUGAUACCAUCGUCACGUCUGAUGGUGUCGGCCUACAUCGGUAUAUGUGUACCUUGUGGCAGCCAGUGCUCCUAAGUCCUAUCUGUAUCAAUUAAGUAUCAUGGAUGCAAGCAAGUAAGUUUAUUUUUAUUUUCCACAUUCAAUACAAAUAACAAGGAAUGCUUAUUCUUGAAAGGUUUUGGGACCGUUAACGAUGGACCAAUUAUUUCUCUAAUCAGUUGCUAUAUUUAGCAUUUCUUACCUGCACACAUAAAUCCAUUCCCCAAAAAAUAAUGAAAUUAUUAAUUCAAUUUUCUUCACAUUUGUACACUUAACUGUGAAACAAAACUGUAACCCUAUACUUAAGGUCUGGUUUUACAGUACAAAUUAUAAUGGUCACCUGUCUAUAGUGGUCACUUUUGCUAUUUCCCCCAAGUGGCCGCAUAGGCAGGUUUGACUGCAUAUCACAAAGUAAUUUUUGAAAGUAACUGACUUUUCAGAGGUUCUGCGAUACAUGUAACUUAACCCAAUUUGGUAAUUUUCUCAGUUAAAAGGACCUGAUCUUGGGGAUUAUCGAGGGCACUUUCUGAAAAGCCCACUGCUGGGCAGCGCCAUAUGACAGUCCAAAUUAUCAUGGGUAAUAUUCAAGUGGCGCGAUCCAACGUAAACGUGCAUGCAACUUGCGGACGAAUCUGCCUGGUUCUUUCGUGGACUGUCAUGACGCCGCCCAGUAUGACUUUCGAAAAGCGCCCUCUAUAAUCCCUACGAGCGAGUCCCUUUAAUGAAAAUGAAACUUAUGCAUUUAUCCUUUGGGAUGCCAGAACUAUUAACACCCUGUGAAUUAUUUUCUUCCCCUUUCAUGAAUUAUUUAACCACCUAAACAAUGUUAAUUGGCUGCCACCUCUCCCCCCCAACAUUUUUUUAUACAAAACAUAAUGUAAAGUAUGUAGAUUUAUAAUAUAGUUGUAACCGACCAAUUUAAAAUAAUAAUAGUUCAUUUAAUACAAAUAAACCAAGGUAAGUUAUUGUUUUCUCUCUUUUAAAUAACAUGAAUGUAUGUAAUUCUUGAAAUAUUAAUACAAAAAUUGUCAAAACUUUAUUUGGGCUUUAAUUUUCGCAAAUGACAGUAAAUGAGUUAUGUAUGCAUGCAUGAACAUGUGAAAAUGAACUAUUUUAGAACCUGCAAUACUGGAUGAAUUUGCAUCAUUUUGUUGUUGAUUAUGUAAUGUAAGUUAUCAGUCUAGAAUCUAGAUUAGGGUUGAGUCAAAAUGUUUAAAGGGGAAGUCCGGGGCUGUUCUAACUCAAUUUCAGAAGAAAGAGUAAAAUUUUCUGAACAAAACAGUGAAAACCUGAUGAAAAUCGGUUGAAUAAUAAUGAAUUAAGUUAUGACAUUUUGAAGUUUCACAAAUUUUCAGAAAACAUUUAUUGACCAGUCGAUAUGAUUAUGCAAAUGAGCAAGUUGAUAAUGUCAUCCCCUCACUACUUAUCGUAUAAUUAUUUUGUACAUACAAUUUUGAAAAUGUUAAUAUUUUGCCCGAACUUGUGAUAGUAUGUCCCUCAUAUCUAGAUAUAUUGGAGUUAACAAUAUUCUGCAUCUAUUCAGAGGGAAAUUAAAGCAAGUAUAAUGUUCUUAUAGCUGAAAUGUGAGAUUUUGUCAUUUUUGUAAAUGAAAUGCGAAGAAAAUUGUGAGGUGAUGAUUGACAUCAUCAACUCACUCAUUUGAAUAUUCAUGAGGGUCGACUGGUCAAGAAUUGUUUUUAGCAAGUGUAUGCCGAAAAUAUUGUGAUGUCAGAUCAACUUUUUAUGUAUAAUAUUUAUUUGUGCAAUUUCUUUUGCAUUUCUUUGUUUUUCAUUAUUCAAUUCUUUUGAAAUUUGUUGUUGACUCUUUUGAAACCAUAAUUGACCUGAAACUACACUAUUUAGAUCAGCAAAUCUGAAAAUAAUCAUACAUAUAUGAUUCUUGGUUGAAAACACAAUUUGCAUUGACUUUGUACACAAAAUCAUGUUUUUGAGCAAUUUUUGGUCUGCACUUACAAAACGUUGUGUAAUAUUGGAAUUGCAUACCCAGAUGUUGCAAAGUUUGUAUGAAAACUUGUGCAAGACUUGAAUUAAGAAAGCUAGUGAGCGGCGGGGUCCAAAAAUUUUGCACGGCAAAAAUAGUGUGCGAACUGUUGAGGGGGGGGGGGGCUCCAAGGAAACUCCCCACCCACCUACAUGUAGAUAGGGUUAAAAGAAAUUAAUCAGAUUGCAACAUAUUGUAUUUCUUUCAGACCUCUCCCUAAAGACAUUGAUGUUAUUGGAGCGGAGGAGGAGGUCAUUGGGGAGCUACCUCCCCAACAGCUCGACGAACCAUGCGAGGCAUUCACAAGGAGUGGCCUCCAUGCCAAAGUCGCACCAACACAGGCUGCAGAAACAAACUUCUGUAUUGUCUCCUUGAGCAGACUCAAAAGCCUAUGUAAAGAAGUAAGGUCAUCGUGCAAAUGCAGAGAGGACUUAGAUGUCGAAUUGACACCAUCUGGAACAUCUGUGCAUGUGAAAUGGGUAAGUAUGUGUCAUUCAAGCUGUAUUAAUUAUUUUUGUCAAAUCUACUCGAUUUUCUGUGUUAAACAUUUAACUUACUUCAUCUUUCAUUUAUGACAGGUUUGCUCGAAUGGCCAUGUUACAAGCUGGUGUGGGCAGGAAACCCUACAAAGGUCUCAUGUGGGAGACAUGAAGCUGGCCUCGGCUAUUGUCAUGACAGGCAAUAAUUUCAAUAAGGUGAGCCUGUUAGCCAGAUUCAUGUCCCUGAACAUGAUAUCUAGUUCAUCUCUCUAUGCACACCAGCGUAAUUACAUUGCCCCGACCAUCGAGAAGAAAUGGGAGGAAGUGCAGGCAACUGUGUUGUCCAAACACAAGGAGGGAAGGAUAGUUCUUUGUGGUGAUGGUCGCAAUGAUUCACCAGGAUUUUGUGCGCGAUACCUGACAUACAUUCUCAUGGCACAUGACACGAAAGACGUAGUUGACGUGCAGGUGGUUGAAAAGAGAGAAACUGGGGGGAAGAGCCCACUUAUGGAGUUGGAGGGAUUGAAGCGGGGUCUUAACAAACUUGAACAAGAAGGGGUGCAGGUUGAUGAACUGGUGACUGAUGCUCAUCCUUCAAUUACCCGCUAUAUGAGAGAGAAAAGGCCCACCAUUCGUCAUUCCGGGGAUGUAUGGCAUGCUGGGAAAAAUCUUGGAAAGAAGCUAACCAAGGCAGCAGGCAAGGUUUCAACAUGUGCACUAUUGUAUUGGGUGAGGCAUGUCGUGUUUCACUUUUGGUGGUGCGCCGAGACAUGUGGCAGGAGCAGUCGAGCAUUUCUUGUAAGUUUGAUGUUCCAACUUGUGAAAAGAAAGUAUUGUUCCCCCCCUCAUUUAGAAAAAUGCUAAUUGGUCUACACCUGCUUUUUAUA